CGCAAGGCAAUCUGGUUGAAUAUUUCUCUCUUAUCGCGACGUUAUCGGCGUCUUCGAUCCGCCUGCUCAAGAUGAUGUGCUCGAGAUGCGGAAAAUGCGUACGAAUUAAAACGACUCGACUCGAUCUAUGGAGCUUGAACAUUCAGGGCGACGUCCGUCGCAUAGACUGUGUCGACGGCGAUCACUUCGUAUCUGUAACGUUAAACAACGAGAUAAUCGACGUUGACGCCGCUUAUUGCGAUCGACUCGACGAUGAAUGGCGGGAGGUCCAAACGGAUCGUGAUAAGGUGCUCUUUUACACGCUGAGCCAGAUCGUUUAUCCAUACUUCGAUACGCCACGAUCGGAAAAGCUUGAGUCGUUGUACGGUCUGGUGGACGAACUCGACGUCGUUUUAUUAAGGUGGCAGGAAGGCAAAGCGAUCGGGUUUUACACCGUUAAACCUACAGGCACGGAAGUAUUCUCGACGAAAGAGAGAUACAUGAUGCCUGUGGUAGAUUCAGCGUACAUUCGUUCGCAAUAUAGGAACCGUGGUUUCGGUAUGGAAAUCCUGUCGGACGUGGUCGCGCGCUUCCCGAGCGAAGACAUCGGCUUCUCGAAACCGAUCUCCAGCGGAAUGCUAAGACUACUGAAAACGUUCCUGACAAGUCGCAAGGAGUACCGACUGCGUUUCUGGGAGAUCGCGGACUGUGAUAUCAGCGGGUCACAGCAAUUGAUAUGGUGUAGUUUGAAAAGAUCAGCCUUAUGACAAAAAGCAGUUAGAAUUUAUUAUAAAAGCCAUCGCAAUGGCGUAACAGAAUAUUUAUAUAUAUAUUUGUAAUUAUACAUCAUAUAUUUACUCGUAUAUGCAUAUUUACAUAUACGUAUAUCUAGAGAAAUGCACACAUAUGUAUGUACGUACAUACAUGCGUAUAUGAAUGUAUACGUAGAAAUUAAAAUGGAAUAUAUUAUUUAAAAAAAUUUACCUUCACUUAACGAAGAAAGAAGUACUCAAAUUGCCUCAUGAAUGUAUGAAACAUAUCUGUAUUAUUUAAUUCCGUAUAAAUAGCAUAUGUAUCUGUUUUAUUUUAAA